CAAAUCAAAUAAUGGUUUUUCGACGUCAAACAAAAUGCAAAACAGGACAUAUUCCAACAUAGCUCUCAUCAACAGCAUUAACUCCAUUCAUCACUCUGUAUCGAAACAAUGACGGCUAAUUCGAAGAAGUACGACAUUGUUCUUUUUGGUGUAACAGGGUUCACCGGUAAACGUAAGUCACUACACUCCGGAGAACAAUGACCGACGCACACCUCUUGGUACCGAGAAUCGGACCUAUCGUUACAGUACUAGAAAGAAGAAACGAUGUGUUGCUGAUCGGAGCGAAAGNUAUUUUGUCUUCGCUACCAUUCCUUCCUUGUUGGACUGUUCGUGCUCAUAAAGUUCUUGGUACGUCAUGUUUCUAAAAAUUGUAGUUGGGUUCGUGAUUCCGAGCUUGUCGAUGCCCGCCUUCUCGCAAGCAUCUUUUCCUCGAAAGGUUUGUGACACGUGGUACGAAUCACGGCAUUCGGUAUCAUCAUUGUCGUCCCACGCCAAAGAACUCUUUUGAGCCCGUUGACGRSUGACAUAUUUUUGACUGUCAUAGAAAAUGCUGCGACUGAAAUGUUUUUUCUAACACCAAUAUGUGACGAGRUCAUAGCAGAUGAAAUAUAUUAGUUACUUGGUUGAUACAAAUACUWCUAGUGAUGGAGAGAAACAUGGUCAGUACAUAUUGCUUCACGUACUACUAGAGGGUCAAAUGCCGAUGCAUUCCAAGUCGCACAGUUCUGUGCUGUGGURGCGAAUCCACGGRCAGCCAUCUUGGCACCUUGACGGAGGAGGUGUUUGUUUGUUGACAUGCCGAUAAUCAUAGUGAGCGAGAAUUGUUCUUCUAUGGGUARGUAUGAUAAUAAUAGAAGAGGAUCGUCGUUGUUGCUCUCGUAUCCAACAGGGCUGCAAGCGUCGAUUCAAAGAACCUGCUGUCGUUAAAGAAACAGUUCUGGUUUUGAUUUCUGUCGAAAACAAGUUUGUGAAUGUUGGGAAAGGACCUACGCUUCUCGAUGCUUCUAGAURGAAUCAAUGAGGCGAGCCGGUCGGAAAAAAUGUGAGCGUCAGAGAAACGCAGGCACUGACACACGAGAAGAUGAUGAUGGUGUAUCGCGUUGCGGAUUCUCGUGAAAGUCUCAAUUUUUUUAGCUUGAGCAGWACGGUAAUACKUAGUGUAYGGUAUGGUACUGUACGUACCCUACAGAAUAAAAAUAAAAAACUGCUGGUAGCGCGCACGACUGACCCGGAAAAGUGACAGAAAAGUUGUCACUGUCACCUCAAGAUUUGCGAACCAGGAUAACUUAGAGAGUGAGUCGAUUCCGGCGCACGAGAACUAGUAUUCUCGGACAACCGUACCGGACGGUAGGCUGCGCAAAGGAAGUUUCGUUCUGUAUCCGAAAGGCGCUCUUACCCGCUGGAGUAAAAAGGCACGCGUCGUCAUCUGAAGGUCCCAUCUUACUUCUACGACCUGUCCGGUGAAUUUGAUUGAUAUUAUGGAGGUCACAGGGUCAUCAAUCAAUCAAUCAAUCAAUCAGUCAGUCAGUCACCCAAUAACAUCAAGCUUGCGUUCAGGAAGAUUCGAAAGCUGUCAAUCAAACACGUAAUAUCAAUAUUGCGACGCGUCAUUGUUCCUGUGUCACUGUUACCGUGUCAAGCAAAGCAGACCGACUCUUUGUACCGAGAAAUACCUCUGUCCGCCUGUUCGUGUCCGUGUAGUGCGAUAUCACCACUACCGUCGCGAAGUUAUCAUCUUUUUUCAARCAAAGCCGAGCAAAGAACUAARAUUCAUGGCGACCCGAGACGGCACGAAGGACGAAGCAAAUGCUGGCRUGGUUGCCGAGCCAAUGCCGGGGUACGAAAAAGACAACACAAUGGCCAUGUUCAUCAUGGCGGGAAUGGUGGUUUCUUCCGCAGGUUUCGCYAUGUACACAAGGCAGRCAGACUCUUUGCUAAAGCGAAUGGGACGUGCUAGUAAARUACAAGGACUCGGAAACAGUGCUUCUUACAAGGUGGCGAACCCCAAAUCGAAGCUUGUCUCGAAGAAGUCGUUAGAAACUAACAACAAACGAAAAACAUUCCACGAGAAAGAUGAUAUCUUUUGAAACACAAGAAUCGUAUUCGGGUCGUUGGCACAGUCAGUCGCGGGUCAUGCAGGAAAUCGAUAAAUUCGAAUUCUAUACCACACAACGAAUCGAGGAACAUUCGAUCCAAAAGAAAAAAGGAUGACGGAUGUGACACUGCWWUUAUAAAUUCGAGCAUCUUUGUGCUCCUAGAAGAGGGUCGUCUUUGUUAGGCAGCCAUUAAGCAAGCCUAACGCAAAGCAUAGCAAUUGAAAAUAGCAAAAAUUGGUAACAUGAUUGUUGAGUCUUCGUGAUGGAUUUUCAGUAUUCGAAGUACUCAUAGUCUUCCAUUGGUUCAAGCUCAGCUUCUAAAAAUGGCGAAAAUUCGAAAUGCUCAGGAAUCGAAAGCGAUAUCGACAUGGACAUGCUCAUUGCAGUGUCGAACACUGUAGGGACAUGGGAUCUGGUUGGUGAUUCGAUUGGUAGAAUUGGAGGUUUUGUUUGCAACGCAAUCGGGACAUUUGUUGGCGAUAGGAUAAUAGGCGYUGGUUUAUCUGUUGGUCGUUUCGAUGAUUGCUGCAUCGGUUUAAGGGUUGGUAUACAGGAUGGGCAUUUGGAAGCCUGGUCGGUUGGUUCUAYGGUAAUAUUUACAGAAGGAAUUUCUGUUGGAGGCAUACCUGUCGAGUUUACUGUCGGCGUUGGCGUAGAAGAAUCAGAUGGGUUUUUACUUGUGCCUCSAKAAGGUUCUUGAGAUGGCAGAGAUGAGGUUGUCAGUGCUUGGCAAUGUCCUAGUAUUGGGUCGCUUGAUUGGCCCUGUGUGGUUGAUUCGAAGCAGGGAAAGGCAGCACGUAUUUCAGUUUUUUUUUUUCCAUUCUGGUGUGAGACGAUUUUGAUGAACGAAGAACAAUUUCUCGAAAAAAAAAAAAUAUAUAUUUGGAAAAACUUACAAACACCACCCAACCAACACUUUCACCCAUUCGUAAGACUGGUGAUGUGUCACAUUCGUUGGUAAAUGUGAUGAUGAAAACAUUCAGUAGCGAAAUUCCGUCUUUGUUUCUCCCUCUGAGAUUGAGCUGAAGUGCUUUAGGAACCUGAUCUUGCUCAAUACUCGCUGCAACUUGUAGAUUGUUGAUUAUUGACGAAUAUCGAUAUGAUUCGCCAUUGAAAAGUUCCCCAUCUAUCCUCUCUUCCACAAGAACACUAUUUGCUUGAUCCAAUUCCAGUAUACUAACGCUAUCAAUCACAACCGGAACUAAGUUGUUAGUCGRUGCCCCAAAGGGACUAACCAAACACGAGACGCCUGCCACUCCAAACCCGGUAGUGAUAUUUGUAGGGGGACAUGUCGAACUAAAAUCUAGAACAAAUGUAUACGUUGACGGGCUGCAAGCACAGAUUUUGUCAGCACUGACACURUCAAUUCCUGUGUCGUGCUGCGCUCUUGCUAAUGUUGUCGAAUGAGUGUCAUUCGCAUCAAAGGCGAGAAGAACCAAAAGCCCCAUCACUAAAAUUGUGACUGUUUGGACUAGCGGCGAUAUCAACAUUUGGAAAUUGCAUAUUUUUAUUUUUUGAAAUCGAUUGGGAAACAAUGUGGAUCGGCAUUGAAUAUUUCGUCCUCUUCUGUGUCGUCUGAGCAGUUCUUUUUGUAUGCCCGCAGUGGUCAUCGCUCUUGUACUUCCUCAAGCUUCAUUGGAAAAAUACCACGAUAGUGACGAGAUUUGUUGUGGUUGUUAUCAGAAUUUAAAAGCGAUGAUCACCGAUUUGGCUGUUUCGGAUAUGAUGAUGGUUGUGAAUGUGGUCGUGGAAACGGCUGAUGGGCGAUAGACGGACUCCAUGGAUUUCCGUUGCCGCAUUUAGUGGCUGGGUUGCAUUUCAUUCCACCUUUUAAGUAAAGCCUAUCGGCAUCGGAUUUAUUGUCGAACCCAAAAGCUUGUUACAACGAAUUUUUGUCGCGCUGAGUUUCAAAUAAUUUUUCGGUSCACGUUUGCAAAUUUGGCGCGUUAGCCUCAGUCGUGCGCUAAGAUUGCUCUCAAUAACCAAGGAAUCCCUAACGACUAGCGACUAGAGAUUCGUACAGCAAAAAUAGUGGGGAAGAUGAGAAAGAUCUCGUACGUAUUGUAGGUACUCGUACGAGUAUCGUACGUAGGUAGGUACGUAGCGGUACCCAAACGAAUACACAACAUUCUUAUUUGUCGUGCGUAGUGCUUGGUCAAAUCAAAUAAUGGUUUUUCGACGUCAAACAAAAUGCAAAACAGGACAUAUUCCAACAUAGCUCUCAUCAACAGCAUUAACUCCAUUCAUCACUCUGUAUCGAAACAAUGACGGCUAAUUCGAAGAAGUACGACAUUGUUCUUUUUGGUGUAACAGGGUUCACCGGUAAACGUAAGUCACUACACUCCGGAGAACAAUGACCGACGCACACCUCUUGGUACCGAGAAUCGGACCUAUCGUUACAGUACUAGAAAGAAGAAACGAUGUGUUGCUGAUCGGAGCGAAAGGAAAUGGAUGACCUCAUCRCAGCUAAGGGAAGGUGAUCAUCUCUUUMAAAAAAUUCACACUGAGAKUAUCGGCCGAAAAUCUUUGAGAUGCACCAUGCGGUUUAUCUGAAGAGGUAUUGACAUCGAUGUGAAAAAUCGCAAUCGAUAACGCCAAGAACGAAAGUUGCAUUGUAGUGACGAAGAAAUACUUGGCCGUGCAUUUCACCUCACCACUUAUUGAUACCGUUGUCAUUUUGUUUCGAUCGAAAGUUGCUGCUGAGUAUCUGCUAGAUCGAUGCAGAAACGACUAUGCAAACCUGAGCUGGGCUUGUUCUGCUCGAAACAAGGCCAAAGCCGAAAAUGUGCUGAGUGGAUUGGUAGAAACUGUUGCUGUGAGGAGCGGUAAUGACAUUAGUAGCAUAUCUUCGCCCGAAAUUCUUCAAGUGGAUUUGCUAUGCAAAACCGACGAGGAGGAAUCGAAGCUAAGAAAUAUAGUUCAAUCGACAAACGUAUGCUUGACRUGUUCGGGUCCCUUCGAACUCUAUGGAAAGAAAUUGGUUCAGAUUUGUGCCGAAGAAGGCGUCCAUUACGCAGAUAUUACGGGAGAAACCGAUUUUGUUCGUGAAAUGAUUGUCAAAUACGACGAAACGGCUCGGAAUUCAGGGGCUUGUAUUAUUCCCCACUGUGGGAAUGAUUGUAUUCCAUCUGAUUUGACGGUCUUCGAGAUGAAUAGUUAUGCAAAGAAAAACGGUCUCAAGCUCAUCGAGGUCCAACUCUACGAGGUAAACAAUCGUAACUUUGACCAGACGAAACGCUGUCGAUCGCUUCCACCUCGYUGGCUACGUAGGCUUUCAAACUCACCGUAUUUUGUUGUUAAUUGCGAWUAGGAGCACGGAGCAGACGCAGCGUGGAGUGGAGGCACACUUGCUACUGCUUCGUAUCAAAUGGGGAAAAAUAGAAAGAACAUAAAGAAAACUGAUUUUGAUCCUCUCUUCACCACGGUGAGUUCGAUUCUCUUGCGAUGUUGAUCCUUUUCCGUUGUUGAGAUAUGAAUUGAAUCUAGUUUUGAGCGCUCAAACCUUGCAACCGCUCCACGUGUUSCGGUCGGUAAACUGUUUGGUAUUCAUURUAGGCGAAAGGAUCAAAGUCAGAAUUUAUUACGAAGAACGCUACMCCCAAGAAAAGUGCCGACGCAAAAGAUCAGGUUGGCUACGGGACUUCUCAGCCGUGGGUGAUGGGUCCRGUCAGUAAGUUUUUCUUCUACUAUUUUCUUUGACGUGAAUCUCUUUCCCCUCCACGCAAAGGAAGGCAUUGUAUUGUUAUCAUAUUCAUUCCUCAUAAUGUAUUCGAAUAUUGUAUUCGUAAUUACCUUCAUGAACUCUGUUGUAUGUUGUAUGUUGUAUAUUUAGUGGUGAAUUGUAUCAAGAGAUCGAAGUAAGUAGAGAACGAAUGUUUUUUUUUCUCGUCAUAUAUCUCUUGGGUUCUCUCACAUCUUUCUCACUCUAAUGGAAGUGCUCUAAUGGGUUACGCAAAAGAUUUAAAAUGCGGUGAUUCUUUCCUCGUCAAGGAGGAUUCAUGGAGCGCGAAGUUCAAACUUAUCAAGAAUGGUGCUAUAUUAUAUGCUGCAAUAAUGCUCCCACAACUUUUUGGUGCAUUCGUGCCGCAGCCAGGUGACGGUCCAGAUCGCAAGACAAUGGAAGAGGGKUCCUUGACGGUACAYGGGAUCGCGACCAUGGUUAGCGCAACAGCUGCGAGUAGUGGCAGUGAUGAGAAGAUCAAUAGUKUUGAGAAAAAGGUCAAAUCCACGUUCCGUUUUAAUAAGGACGUCUCCUACUUGUAUACUGCCGUUCUUUUGGUCGAAACUGGAAUGCUUUUGGUAGAAAAGGCCUCAAGUACAGAAGCUAGCCUCAAGGGUGGUCUUUUUACUCCAGCCUCGGCACUUGGAAGCGAUUUAACACAACGUAUUUUAACGGAAAUGGAUACCAGCAUAGAAUUGAGGGAAUUCGAUAUCGAAGAAUCAGAUGAUGGCGUAGGAUUUUCUUGUUGAAGGAAGAGUAUUUACUAUUUUGUGAUGACUCAAAAUUGUACAGAUACUUCUUUCAUUUCAAGCAAGCCUGCUGUUGUUGUUGCCGAUACUCAAAAAAUCAGACGAAGAAAUAGGAGUUUGCAGGUGGAAAAUAUUAUUGCUUACUGCUCGAACAAUAAAAUGCAGGACAGUCGCGACAAAAUUAUGAAAGCCAUGGUUGUAGACCAUCAUGCCGGCACUUUAAUUUUCAGUAGAUUUGUAUGAAGACUUUGUAUGAGGAUUCUCUCAUCAUGAUGCACUGACAGAAUUCAUAGAAUGAAAUUCAAGAUGAGAGAAAUGACAAUUUGCCUCCUCAUCAUGCUGGCACUUUAAUUUUCAGUAGAUUUGUAYGAAGACUUUGUAUGAGGAUUCUCUCAUCAUGAUGCACUGACAAAAUUCAUAGARUGAAAUUCAAGAUAAGAGAAAUGACAAUUUGCCUCCUCAUCAUGCUGGCACUUUGAUUUUCAGUAGAUUUGUAUGAAGACUUUGUAUGAGGACUCUCUCAUCAUGAUGCACUGACAGAAUUCAUARAAUAAAAUUCAAGGCRAGAG